CCGCCGCCGGAGUCCAUGGCCGGGACGCGCUGGGUGCUCGGGGCGCUGCUCCGGGGCUGCGGCUGCAACUGCAGCAGUUGCCGGCGCACCGGCGCCGCCUGCCUGCCCUUCUACUCCGCCGCCGGCUCCUUCCCCUCCGGCGUCUCGGGCCGCCGCCGCCUGCUGCUGCUGCUCGGGGCCGCCGCGGCCGCCGCCUCCCAGACGCGCGGCCUCCAGCUCGGGCCUGCGCCCGCCGGGAGGCUGGCGGGCCCUCCGCCCGCCGCCACCUCCGCCGCAGCCGCGGCCGCCGCCUCCUACCCGGCCCUGCGCGCCCCUCUGCUGCCGCAGUCGCUGGCGGCGGCCGCGGGCCCGGCGCGGGGCUACAGCCAGGAGUCCAAAACUACCUACCUGGAAGACCUUCCGCCACUCCCUGAGUAUGAAUUGGCCCCAUCCAAGAUAGGAGAGGAAGUGGAUGAUGUUUUUCUCAUUCGAGCUCAAGGAUUGCCCUGGUCGUGCACUGUGGAAGAUGUGCUUAACUUUUUCUCAGACUGCAGAAUCCGCAAUGGCGAGAAUGGAAUACACUUCCUCUUAAAUAGAGAUGGGAAACGAAGGGGUGAUGCCUUAAUUGAAAUGGAGUCAGAGCAAGAUGUGCAGAAGGCCUUAGAGAAGCACCGCAUGUACAUGGGGCAGCGGUACGUGGAAGUAUAUGAGAUAAACAAUGAAGAUGUGGAUGCCUUAAUGAAGAGCCUACAGGUCAAAUCUUCACCUGUGGUAAAUGAUGGCGUGGUUCGUUUGCGAGGACUUCCUUAUAGUUGCAAUGAGAAAGACAUUGUAGACUUCUUUGCAGGUCUGAAUAUAGUGGACAUUACUUUUGUGAUGGACUACAGAGGGAGAAGAAAAACAGGAGAGGCCUAUGUGCAGUUUGAAGAACCCGAGAUGGCCAACCAAGCCCUGUUGAAACACAGGGAAGAAAUUGGUAACCGGUAUAUAGAGAUAUUUCCAAGCAGAAGGAAUGAAGUUCGAACACACGUUGGCUCUCAUAAGGGAAAGAAAAUGGCAUCUUCUCCUACUGCUAAAUAUAUAACUGAGCCCGAAGUGGUUUUUGAAGAACAUGAAGUAAACGAGGAUAUUCGCCCCAUAACAGCAUUUGAAAGUGAGAAGGAAAUAGAGUUGCCUAAGGAGAUGUCAGAAAAGCUUCCAGAGGCUGUGGAGCUGGGAACUACCCCGUCACUGCAUUUUGUCCACAUGAGAGGACUGCCUUUCCAAGCCAAUGCCCAAGACAUUAUAAACUUUUUUGCUCCACUGAAGCCUGUGAGGAUCACCAUGGAAUACAGCUCCAGCGGGAAGGCCACCGGGGAGGCCGACGUGCACUUUGAGACCCACGAGGACGCCGUUGCCGCCAUGCUCAAGGACCGGUCCCAUGUCCAUCAUAGGUAUAUUGAACUGUUCCUAAAUUCAUGUCCAAAAGGAAAAUAAGACUUCCAGGGACUCCAUCUCAUAAGGUAAAUUUAAGAGGAUGAAGCAAGAAGCAUUUCAUUUGCACAUCUUUCUUGGACAUGGGCUAUAACGUUCCAGUUUAUUAGCAGCAGCUGCUAGAGAAAAGAUUUUGGGGUUUUUGGAUUAAUUACUUCUAAGAAAAAAUUCAUAAUGGACUAUUUAGAAAAAGAAAGAAAAAAUUCAGUUUGGGAUUAUGAAACAAACCACAAAUUAAAAUUGUUCAAACUAUUCAGGAUUUGAUUUUAAAAACUGGGCUUUAUAUGAUUUAAAAACUGUUUUCAUAGAGGAUAUUACCCAUUAUGAAAACUGCAUAUUUUUAUUUAGCACAGUUCUUUAAAAUCUUUCUCCCAUUUAAAAUAAUCUGUAUGAGGUUUUGUUUCUUUGCCUAUGAAUUGAGAACUCUGAUAUAGUACUUCUCAUGGAGUAAAAUAAUGAUUUAUUUUAACCAAAUGCUCACCAAAGCAAGGAAGGUUUCAGACCUUUGAAGCAGUGUGGUCUGGCAGAAUACUUUUAAUUUUAGCUGUAUUUGAUGACUUAGAUAGGAGUAGGAAUUAAAAAGACAGCAAAUAAAGCAUAAAAAUCACGGGUUAGUGUAAAUCAUACAUUUUGACAGUUUUAUGUCUUUAGAAAUGUUUUGCCUUGUGCUAAAGGCAUUUAACAUUGGUGCCUGUCUACCUAAGGGGAGAUUCUAGUCUCAACUUAAAAGUUGUCUGAAGCACCCCCCCCCCCCCCCCCCAGUGUUUUGGUUUUGGGUGACCUUGAGUGUGUGUGUAGUCUCAGAACUGUGGAGUAACGUGUCAGCGGUCCAGAUUGGUAAGGACAUUAAUGGCCUCACUGGAAUUAAACCAGCUCUAGAUAGGAAAAAAAAUCUUAAGUUCUCAUUUGCUUUUUCAAUGGGGUAGCACAUCCCAUGUUUUAGAACAAGUAGGGGUGCCUUGCUUAAAUAAAAAUAGCAUUUAAUGUAUCAUUGUGUGUGAGGGGGUUUUUGGUUAAAGCUGUACUUCUGUCACGUUGUGGCAGUACCUUUCUGCUUUAAUAUUAAACAGCUUGUUAUUUAAAUAUUGGACAAACUGGCUGGCUUCAAAAUGUAGUCAUUAAUAAACUGACUUUAUGUGAACCUGCAUAGGAGAAUCCAAGUCCUGUAUACAUUCUUUGCCUUGUUCCUGUCUCAAGGUGAUGACCGCCACCAGGAGAUGUGUUUCUUGUUCUUAAAAUUAAAUGUGCCCAGAUUGCUGAAAGGUGAUCUCUGGAAAGCAGAAGACAGACUGUCUUCUCUGACGUAAUGGGUAACCACCUUUAGCUACCAGCUGAGAUACAGAAUCACUGUACUGUAAGUAGCCAAUAAAUGAAGAUUACCCAUGAGUAUUUAUUAUUGGAGUGUGCGAGUCAACUGAAUAUAUUUUCUUUCUAUCAGUCCUGCUAUAUUAAUACAAGAAAAAGUGAUUCCUUUUAA